GUUUAAUUUUCUUCCCAUUUCUUGUGAGCAUUCAAACAAAAGAAUUAUGUAUUGUGAGUUGAACUCCAUUCGCUUCUAAAAGAAACUGGAGCAUAAUCAUCCCUAUAAAUACCAAUGGGCAGCACAGUGUUUGAAAUUUCUCUCCCGUAGGUGUCGUGCUGUGAGUAAUACGUCAAUUCGAUCUCUGCUCGACUUCCCUCUUCAAAGCUUGGAAGUGUAUUUAUCUGUUCUUGAUGGAUCGUUUGACUCUCCUGCACACAGAUCUGGUCAGUUGCUUCCACCUUUCGUCCUAAAAUUGAUUUAAUUUGAUGAUCGUUUAAGGAAUCAAUCAUCCAAUAGCAUCAACUUUCCAUUUCGCUUUUCGGGUAUGUUCAAUUCAUUCCCGUCUCGAUACCCAUCGCCUAGAUUUGUGAUAUCAUGAGCAAUUUUUCAUAUGGGUCCUCCAGCCCCAACCCCUUCAAUGCAUAUACAAGAGGCGAUUUCGACUUAGAAUCUGGAGGAACCCUAAAAAGAAUUCGAAAGACCAAAAGUUCCCCAAUCUAUCUCGUUAGAAUGUUCAAAUCUGUUAGUAACCGGAUCCACUACUAUUACAAGCUGCAUCCGGUUGUAGUUUUGUUCAUCUGUUUGUCAAUUGGAGUUACACUUCUGUUAAUCCUGUCUGUGUAUGAAAACCACUAUCGAAUGACCAAUUAUUACGAGAAAUUGAAUGUAAAUUCGGAGGGAUUCCCAUUUCCGAAGCUUCAGAAUCUUGUAAUGGUUGCGGGUCAUUCGGUUUAUGUAAGCAGUAGCUGUGAGAAGGUUGAGAAGGAAGAUUCAUGGGUUUUGGAGUCGUAUCAGAAGCAUCCAGGCCAAGCUGCUACGUUUAUUUCACAUAUUAAAGAGGGAAUUGAGACUGCAGCGAGGGAUGAUGCUGCAUUGUUGCUGUUUAGUGGUGGAGAGACUAGAAAAAAUGCUGGUCCUCGAAGUGAGGCACAGAGUUAUUGGGCUGUUGCUGAAUCUCAACAAUGGUUUGGGAAGAAGGAGAAUGUGAGGUCAAGAGCACUCACAGAGGAGCAUGCCAGGGACAGCUUUGAGAAUCUCCUAUUCAGCGUUUGUCGGUUCCGGGAGCUAACUGGAAAAUACCCUCAAAACAUUACCGUGGUAAGCUACGAUUUUAAAGAGAAGAGAUUUGCAAAUUUGCAUAGGUCUGCCAUUAACUUUCCGAAACCAAGGUUCUUCUACGCUGGCACACCAGCUUCAAUGACAUCGAAAGAAGCUGCUCUAAAAGGCGAAGCAUUGGUACGAGCUCAGUUCCAAGACGAUCCCUUUGGAUGCCAAGGUGCCCUCUACCGCAAAAAGCUUGGAAGAGACCCUUUUCAUCGGUCGAUACCUUAUCCAAACGGAUGUCCCGAGAUUGCUGGGCUUUUCAAAUAUUGUAGAGCAGCUCCAUAUCCGGGAUCCCUGCCGUGGACUGUAUGAGGUGUAUCGGCAUGAUUUCAGUAGGACGGAGUAGUUAUACUGUGGACCAAUGGUUUUGCCUAAACAACCAGGUUAGAUCUAACAUUCUUAAUGUGAACACAACACAAACACAAGGUGCUAUUCUAAUGGAUGGCUUGAUAUAAAGAGAUGAAAACGUGAAAUUUGUUGGAGAAGAUUAUGUAGGAUUUAGUGUUU